AUGCAGGGUAAUAUUAUCGAUAAAUCAGGCGAUCCUAAUUUUGAUAAGGAGAUGGCUUUGAAAAUUUAUCGUGACAUGACUCAGUUGAGCAUUAUGGACCGUAUAUUAUAUGAUUCGCAACGUCAAGGUCGUAUCUCGUUUUAUAUGACUAAUUCUGGAGAAGAGGCAUCACACGUUGGCUCGGCUGCAGCCCUGAAAUUUGAAGAUCUCAUUUAUGGCCAAUAUCGUGAGGUUGGUGUUCUAAUGUGGAGGGAUUUCCCUUUGGAAAGUUUCAUGCACCAGUGCUAUGGAAAUUCUAAGGAUAUAGGAAAGGGACGUCAGAUGCCAGUUCACUACGGUUCUGUGAAACAUAAUUUUGUAACAAUCUCUAGUCCUCUCACUACACAAUUACCUCAGGCCGUUGGAACUGCAUAUGCCUUCAAACUGAUGCCAAACAAUGACCGUGUUGUAGUGGUAUAUUUUGGUGACGGUGCUGCAUCGGAAGGUGAUGCUCAUGCUGCAUUUAAUUUCGCUGCCACAACUGCGUAG